CAUGACAUGUGGGAAUUAUGGAAGCUACAAUUCAAGAUGAGAUUUGGGUGGGGACACAGCCAAACCAUAUCACGGGCCUACCUCAUCCCUACUGAUUUAAAAUCUUUACUGAAAGGCCUAAGGAUCAGUAUUUUUAGAGGGCCUAGUUGGUGAUGUUCUUGUAAUUACCCUGGCACAAGUUCAAAGUCCCUAGCAGGGUUCUACUUGAAAUCCCUGUACUUGGUGGGCUCCAAGCACCCCCCACCCAGGUGUGACAUUCUGCAGUUAGUUGGAAAUUGGUCAGUUCUAUCUUCAGCCAUGUCUGAGAGAGCCAUUCAGUACCCACAGAAAUAUAACAUGAGGGUAUCAGGGAGAGGGACAGAAGAAAAUGCUUCCUGAGAGAGGUGGGAUUUGGGUAGGAAUAGAGGUCAGGAAAUUCAAUUCAACUCAUUUUAGUUGUGCAAGUAAACAUCCAGUACAGUGCUUGUGGCAGAAGGUGCUCAGUAAACAGAAGGUCUUCCCAGCAUGUCUAACUAGCCACUGUCACUCUCUCGCUGCUUCCUGCUUUGUGAUUCUCCAGAGCUCUCCUCAGCACCUGACAUACCACUGCCUAUUUGCUUAUUAUUGCCAUCCCUCCACCACAUGGUAAGACCCCUCAAAGAAGGUCUGUCUACUGUGUUCCCAUAGCUAGAACAGAGCCUGCCUGAAUACGUGGGUGGGCACACGACUGACCUGGGUGUGGUUGUGGAGAUGGCAAGAGAAUAUCCUAGGCCCAGAGAAAGACUAGCAGAGUCUGGGCUGAGAAGGCAGGUUUCAGGGAGCUUACAGAGCAGUCUGAAUGUCAUGCUAGAGUGGUGAGUCUCUCUUCAGCAGACAGUGAGGAGCCACUAGCUUGCUAUGCAGGGAAGAGAUAAGAUCAAACUUGGCUUGAGAAGGAUGAGUUUGGCAGCAGAGUGGAGGGAUUAAGGGGAGGGAGGGAAGCUGGACCAUCAUUCAGAGACUCUCCAGUUGUCCAGGGGAAGGUAGCAUGGGCUCACACUGGGUCAGAUGCACAGGCAUAGGACAAGGGCUUAAGAAGGAGGACGUCGCAGGUGGGGACUUUGCUAGACAUGCUUGCCAAGUGACUGUGAUGUAGUGAAAGGGGGAGGGAAGAGUGUGAAACUCACCCAUCCAUCCAUCCCCUGUCCAUUCGUGAGAGGAUGGCUGGGGGUAAAACAGCAAGUGAAGCUGCCAAGGAGUUGCCCAUGUACCCCAGGAGGAUGAACUCCAAGGAUGGAGUUUGGGGCAUUCCUCUCUUGGGAGCUGAAGAGGUAACAGAGGGAACAGAAAGAAGUGACAAGACAGGCAGGAGGAGAAGCAGGAACAUGGAAACUAGGGCCAGAGCCCCAGAAGAACUACUGGACACCAAUGUCAGUGGGUGCUGACGGUGCAGGAGGAUGAUGGCUAACUAGGAGCAGGUUGUUGCCCAGGGUGACAUCAGGUGGCUCCAGGGACAUCAGGACACAGUUGGUGGUGUGGAGGCGCAGAGGGCAGCUAACAUGGCAUUAAGGUGGAUGAUGAGGAGGUGGAGGUUGAUGACAUCUUCCCUUCAGGCACAGAGGUGGGGUGGAAGGGAGGGGAAGGGAGGAGGAAGGCAGCCUGAGUCAGAGCCAGGGAAGGAAAGAAUUGUCAGGAUUGGGGGACUUGAGUCUGGCUGUGGUGGAGAGGAAGCAGUCCCAGCAACGGAGAGACUAGACACGCAGAGGCGGGGGCGUGGGGGGGUGGGGAACUGAUUUAGAAAAGCCCAGAAAGGAGAGUCAUCCCAAAGAGAACCAUCACAUCUGCCCGCUGUUAACUCAUUAACAGACUGGGGAAAGGCUUGGUGCCUCCAAGGUGAGAGGCGUAGGAGGAGGAGGGGGGUACCUAACGGGUCAUCCCUGACCCUGUAGGACCAGACUAUCAUCAGGUCUGUAGAGGGGCGGGGGAGGAAGGAAGGGCACAUCUCCAGCAUAACAUAUAACAGCCUCAAGGUGAGUUUCUGAUUUAGAAUCCUUGACCAUCUCCAGAAACAGGAAGAUAAAGUGCAGCUGUGAGAGCUGAGCCUGGGAGAAUUGCUCCUAUCUCCAAGGCUGCAUCCCGGGUUGCUGCCUAAGUCCUUCCCAGCCACACUGAAGGCCUGGCCCGCAGCAACAGUACACCUCGCCCUGCGCAGGCCUGGGAGAGCCCUCUUGCCGGCUCUGCUGUUUUAGAGCUGUGUGACUCCUGGUCUCCCUCCGCUGAGCUGUCCUCUGCGGUCUGGCCCUCUGUGGAAGUUCACAAUGCAUUGGUAAGUGAACACUAAAGGCAACCAGAGGUUUCUGCAGAAAAAGAACUGCGAACUGUUGGACAGGAAGCAAGUUCGGUUCCCUGUGGACCCCGGAGCAAGGGCCCACAGGUUAUCUGAACAGUACUCAUUCUUUCAACGGACACGUACUAUGCCUCCCACAGGCUAGGCACUGUUCUGUGAACUGGGGAUUUUGUAGUGAACAAAAUAGGCAAGAAUCCGAAAACGGUGACCCCAUUUUAAUAAGGGGGAGACCCAGCGAUAAACAAAAGUGAUUAGUAACUAGCAACCUGUGCUAGACAGUUAAGAGCUCUGCAGGACAGGCACUGGUGCGUCCCUGGAGUUGCUAUAAACAGGGUAGGCAGGGUGCUCUUGUCACAGAGAAGAUGAAAGAAGGCUCAUUUGAUUAUUUAAAGCGCAUUCGGUCCUGGUUGGGAUGUAAGGGCACGAGGCCUCCACAGCUCUUUCGCUAGGCCCCUUAGGUGGGGACAGAGUGAGCUGGGCGGGCCGCUGCGGUUCUCCGAGAGCACCACGAGGGGGAGCCCGGACCCCUCCUAGCGCCUUCCGAGCCCUCCCGCACAGCCUCGCAAGCAAAAGUUUUUCUUAAACUAACAAUGCCAGUGUAAGGAGGUGCUCGCGCCUGAUUGGCCGGGGGAAUUUUGCAGGUUUGAUUCCUUGAUUGGACAGGAGGUGUUAGGGGUGGGGAGAGAGCUGAUGGUGGGGGAUCCCGCUCCCUCCCGCGUCAGUCUGGCCGGCUCCGUCCUCCCGUAGGCUCCGCUGUAGCUCGCAAUGUGACACCAGGACGCACUCGCUCUCGCGCGCUCUCCCAGGCUCGUUCUCCCUCGCCCUCUCUCACACACGCACGCACACACCCACCUCUCCCAUAAACACACACACACACAUGCACACCCACACCCACGCGCGCCCGCACCGCCCCACGCGAGCACACUCCUGCCCACGCCCACGCAGCGCUCAGGGGAGUCCGGUCCCGGCGAGAGCGCGAAAGGAUACCGAAAAACCACCCGCGGGGAGCGCAGCGGCGCCCCGGGACGCGGCGCUCUCCCGGCGCUGCUGCCUCAGCUCGGGCUCGGCCUGGGGGCCGCCGGCCAGCGAUGGCCCUGGAUUGUCUGCUACUGCUCCUCCUGGCAUCCGCAGUGGCCGCGAUGGAAGAAACGUUAAUGGACACCAGAACGGCUACUGCAGAGCUGGGCUGGACGGCCAAUCCUGCAUCAGGGUGGGAAGAAGUCAGUGGCUAUGAUGAAAACCUGAACACCAUCCGCACCUACCAGGUGUGCAAUGUCUUCGAGCCCAACCAGAACAAUUGGCUGCUCACCACCUUCAUCAACCGGCGGGGGGCCCAUCGCAUCUACACAGAGAUGCGCUUCACUGUGAGAGACUGCAGCAGCCUCCCUAAUGUCCCAGGAUCCUGCAAGGAGACCUUCAACUUGUAUUACUAUGAGACUGACUCUGUCAUUGCCACCAAGAAGUCGGCCUUCUGGUCUGAGGCCCCCUACCUCAAAGUAGACACCAUUGCUGCAGAUGAGAGCUUCUCCCAGGUUGACUUUGGGGGAAGGCUGAUGAAGGUAAACACAGAAGUCAGGAGCUUUGGGCCUCUUACUCGGAAUGGUUUUUACCUCGCUUUUCAGGAUUAUGGAGCCUGUAUGUCUCUUCUUUCUGUCCGUGUCUUCUUCAAAAAGUGUCCCAGCAUUGUGCAAAAUUUUGCAGUGUUUCCAGAGACCAUGACGGGGGCAGAGAGCACAUCUCUGGUGAUCGCUCGGGGCACAUGCAUCCCCAACGCAGAGGAAGUGGACGUGCCCAUCAAACUCUACUGCAACGGGGAUGGGGAAUGGAUGGUGCCCAUUGGGCGAUGCACCUGCAAGCCUGGGUAUGAGCCUGAGAACAGCGUGGCAUGCAAGGGUAAGCUCUGGAGCCUCUGCUUCCUGCCCACCUAUGGCAGGGCCAGAUCUGCAAGUUUUCUCCACUAAUAAUUCUGGGUCAUACAGGAACAGAAAAGAGUCUAAUGGCUUAUUAUAAAGCUCUGAGGACUCCUAUUCCUAGUGCUAGGCCUGAUGAUUUUCCAAUCAUGUCCAACCAGAUUGUCCAUAUUUAUUAUUCAUGGUGAGAGGAAGAGAUGGGGAGAAUUUCAAACAGUGGAAAAUAACUUAAUAACCAGUGCAUAAUAUUUAGUGUUGAAGUGUUGAAUUUAUAUCUCUCUCUCCUCUCUCUCUCUGUCUCUCUCUCUCUCUCUCUCUCUCUCUCACACACACACACACACACACACCCCUAUAUCCUGCAUCCAGCCCUAAGCUCUGUGGCUGGAGACUGUGGAAUUUGGGUUGCCAUGGACAAUUCACUCAAGGGUAAUUGAGAAGUGACUGAAUUUGGAAAAUAUUUUAGUUCAUUUCAGUCCAGCUCCCACAGCACUCAACUUGGUACUGAACCCAUGUAGCUCAUUAACUCAAAGCCCUCUGGCUUGGCUGUCUUUCUCUAGGGGCUCAUUGCCAGGCCCUGGAAGGAGAUGAAACUAUUGGAAUGGGAGUGGGGCUGUAUCAUGUAUUGUAUUAACUUUUGCUUCUAAAUGACACAGAGUGAUGCAAACUUUGCAGUUUGAGAGUGUCAGGAUACUAUGUGCUCAUAUUAGCCAUCACUAACACUAACCCUAGAAAGCCCAUAUUCAACAUGUGGCAAUAAAUGUGCUGAACUGGCUGCAGGCUCAGUCUGCUCUGGGAGUGAAUAGAAGGAUCUGGAGGCCCCACAGCUUAUGCAUUGUCUAAGUGCAUGGAAGCUGAACGUGGGGGGAAUCCAGGGUUGGGGAAGAGAAGACUGCUUUCCCUUAUUAAAUUUUGCUUGGAACCUUCAAAGGUCCUGAUUCUUUUACAAGGAAGCCUUCCUAUAUGGACCUCAGAAAUGACCACCUUAACCUUAAUGAACCCCCAGGGUUGCCCUUAGUCCUUUGGGGCUUAGAGGCUGCAUUAGCAACUUAUUCUCUGUUGUGAGCCUCCUGCCUGCUUCCCUCUCUGAUGUCACCCCCACCCUGCCUGAGCACCAGACCAGCCUAUGCCAGUUUACUUCCCUUCUUACCUUGCUUCCCAGACACCUGCGGGUGAAGUGCCAAGCACAGGCUUGUAGUACCAUCAGCUCUGCAAUCCUUUGGACUCAGCUAAUUGCCUGGGCCAGAACACUCACACAGCCUUUCUGAGGCCUGCUGAGAGUAGGGAGCUGCACCUUUGUGUCUUUAUUGGAUUUCUUGGUCCUGGUACCCAUGAUGGAUGGUGUGGAAACAGAGGAGAGAGAGUGCCAGAUCCCAGAUCCAGUGAUGAAUCAACGUUGACAGUUUUAAAACCAUCCCAGCCUGGUCCCACAGUCCUCCUCUUUGUGCCAUUGGUUGGGAUGGGUCACUAUCUUUGCCAUUUGUCUGGAUCUAAGUGGGGACCAAGGCACCAGGCUGAGUUAUUAAAGGCACAGGUGCAGCAGCUAUCUGGCAUGCUCACAGCAGUGCAUGGUGGGUGAUUUCUCUGGUUUUCAGAGGGCUGCCACACCACACUUGCUGGCAGGGGCACUCUCAUUUUUCUCAUUACAUUCUGAGCAGAAUGGCAGGAACCAGAGCUAGCAUUAUUGGUUCUGAUUUAAUUGGGUCUCUGGGAACAGGCUUUCAUUUCUUUGGGCUAAUUGGAACUUUUCUUUUUUAGAGGGUUCUGCUGUCCAUGUAGCUUGUCAGCUACCUCCUGUGGCUGUCCUGAGAGGGCCUGUGAGGACAAAUAUGUAAAUCCAAAUUGUUUCUUUCCAUUUCUCCUUCCCAGUCUCAAUCCCCUCCUGAGUUUUGUUGGACAUUUCUAAUCUCUAGCUAUUGUGAACAUGGCUUGACUUUACAAACUACUUAUUGCAAACUCAUUGGAGGGUAGAGGAAAUGGGGAACCCAUGGCACCAUCACUUGGCCACUUCAGAGGCACAGGAAGCCACAUUUCUGAGAGUGGAGAGUGGCAUCAUGGGUCUUGUGGCCCAGCAUCCUGGCCAAGGUCAGUGCCCUGGAAGGGAAGAGAAGGGCCUCUUGCCCUUGUCUCAAGAACUUUCAGUUGAAUCCCCUGAAAUCUUUGCCCUUAACUCUGCUGAUAACUGGACUCUGACGGCUGGCAAGGGGACCUUCAGUCAAAAAUGGUGAUCUUGGGAAGACUCUGCACUCUUUGGUGGGGGUUGGGAAGUGCACGUGGAGGUACUUGUUACUGGUCUCCAUGGUGUGUCUUCAGGGAAAGGCUUUCCACUCAUUUUUGGUGCUCACGGAGUGCUGCCAGAUGGACACGGUGGCCGUUCACAAUGGUUUUGGUGUAGCCCACUUAGCACAAUCAUCAUGAGGGCAGAAGCAGGGAAAAUGGUGGAUAACAGAGAAUUGCAGUUGAGACACAGUGAGCCUUCAACAGCUAGCUCUCUCCCAACACAGCCCUGAGAAUUGGUGUCCUCUGAGCCUAGCUGGGCCAAAUGCUGAUGGUUCUAUGAUUCAUACAGCUGUGCUGAUUUGAUACAUCUUUUCUGCAUAUGUGAAACUGGGACUUUGUAGGGUGGCAGAAAUAAUAAUCCCUCUGCUUCUGGUUCUAUGCUAUUUUUCCUGGAAGAACAGACUUUCAUUAUGGCCAGGGAACCGUAUUUUCUUGGCUUUCACUUUGCUUCUGCAAAACUGUCUCCUGUCAAAGUCAUGGUGACCAGUCGCUUGGCUGUGCAGAGGCACCUGGAGACCAAUUAGACAGCACAGCCAGCAAAGAGUGGUCCUGGCCUAGAGCUGUUUCUGUUGUGAAGAGCGUGGGUGGUGAGAAGAGAACAGGUGAGAGGGGAGUAAAGGAAGCCAUGGGGAGAACUUGUGCAUUAGAAUGUGUGGCAAGCGGCUCAUGCAUUUUCCAGAGGGCUCCUUGGCCUAAGGCCUGUUCCUGACAUCCUUUCUGUACACACAGGCUGGUCCCAUCAGGCAGAGUCACAUCGGCCUUUUGACCUCAUCUCACUAGUGACUCUGACUUCAUCAUGCAUUUGUCUUUAUAAAAUUGUUAAUUACUAGGAAAAUGGCCCAUCUACCCCAAUUUCAAGUUGUGCUCAUAGUGUAGCGGAUUAAUGAGAAAUCAUAGCUUUGUCUUCACUUCUCCCCUCUUCCCUGCUGAGGUUGGUGGCUAAGUCUAUUCUCUGUGUAGGUCCCGUGCUGCCUGGUUCUUCCUGUGCCAGGGAGGCCGAGUUGACUCUCAGCAGACCCUCUCUCUCUCUCUCUGCUGUGUAGCCUAAAAUAUUGCCUUAGCUGAAGUUGGACUGCAGGGAGGAUGGGGAAGAGACUGGGGCUGUUAGAAGGAACCUGGCAGGGGCAGGCUCCUUAUCUAUGUGCUAGAAGCUUGGGGCCUGCAGUAUCCCAUAAGGAUGUCCAUGGAGGUGUCUCAGAAAUAGGCAGACAAGAUAUGACUGUUAUGUCUUCUGUGACAGGCCCUGAGUGGCCAGAUCCUAGCUGGAGCACUGUGCCUGUGCGCCCAUGGAUCCGUUCUUCCCAUGGAUCCGUUCUUCCCCUGAGUGCUGCCUGAGGGCUUGGCUUUCCCUCCCAGGACAUAGUCCUUGGAGUUUCCAGAAGAAGCUGCUUCAUUAGGCUGCCUCUUUAGCCACACUGGGGACUCAGAAAAUGACAAUGCUAUGCAUAAUUCUCCCUGCCAUCCUCUCUUACCUCUGCCCCUGCCCCAGGUUGACCUUAGCUUGCUAUUACAGAGGGCACACGCCAACUUAUGGUGCCUAGGCCUUCAUUGUCUGGGGCUGUCAUGCACAGGAGGUGCAGGUGGAUGAAAGAGGAAGGGGGUAUGCUUGGGUGGAAGAGACCUAACCUAGACAUAGGGGCUGGUUUUAGUCUUGGCUCUGCUGAGAACUUGCUGCGUGGUUUUAGGUAAGUCCCUUUCCAUUGACAGUCAUAUCUUCUCUGCCUGUUUCUCAGAGUGUGCGAAAACGGAUAUGAGAAUAUUUUCUAAGCCAUGCCAUGCUACAUAUUGCUAGGUGUCAUUGUCCUUAAGCUCUGAAUCAUCCUUGUUAAGAAAAUAAGAUUCUGGGAUGAAGAUGGCAUGGGACUCCCCCGUCCAGAGACACAGGUCAGCAGGAAUCCUGAAUUCCCAGUCAUCACCUUCCUGCACCUGCCCAGGCCCAGUUCCAUGACCACCAAGUGGUGACAACUGAAAACAGCAAAAAGGAAUAAGCCACUGUUCCUCAACUGAUCAAAGGGCCAGUUAACGCAUGUUUGAGUGCUGUGGCUCACAUGGCCUGCCUUGAGGCAGGUGGUCUAGGCAGGUGGUCUUCGUGAAAUGAAGGACCAAGUGGAGAGAGAAGACUCUCCAAGCCCAGGAGAGCCAUGGUCUUCAGAACCAGCAAUUUUUGACCCCAGGGCAGGCAUGAGAACCCUCAGCAAGGUUUUACAAAGUGGCAUCCCCAGUUGCCUCCUUCUGAGUUGGUGAUAAGUCUUGUAUACAGCCCAAACAUGGGAAUUUUAAAAAAAUCCAAGAACCCCAGCUCUAAGCAGCAGACAGGACCAUCUAUGUGGCUAGUGUCCAGAAGAAAGGGACCCCAGAGUAGGUCAGUGAAGAUAUUCUUGGGUUUCUGGGAUUUGUAGACAGGAUGAACCCGGAUGCCUGAGGGGAUGAAGAAGGAGUCUGGGAGAGAGAACUGCAGGAGCAGGCUGACAGCUGGGUAAACCAAGAGCAAGGCCUACAGGCCACCAGGAGGAAGGUAUCCAGAGCAUCACUACCGCUUGAGUAAAGGCUGGGGGCUGGGGAAAGCCAUACAGGGCAGCCCUGAACAACCCAGAGUAUCAACAUGAUGGCACAGCUAAUAAAGCCCAAAAGGGGCUCUUGGCAGGGAAAAGAGGGGCAGAUGCUGAGGACUGACUGUCUGGGUGUUACAGAAACAAACUUCCCUGCAGCUAGCCAGCACCAGCUGGGUCCCUAGGUACUGUCUUAAGAAUGCCAGGGGUGCCACUACUGGUCCCAGCAGCAUGGUCAAACCUGUAGGAUUCCUAUUUUCUGCUCAGUCCUACAGAUUAGGGCUGGCAGUGAGGAUGCGUGACUUCAACUUGGAAUCUGUGUGGGUUUUCUAGAGGACUCUCAGAUCGCCUAUGAUCAUUCUGACUCUGGACAUUGGUGGGGCCUUUACAACUCUAACAGAAGAAUAGAACAGCUCUCGAUGUGCCUGUCUUCCCAUUUAGUGUCUCUCUGCAAGUUAUGGCUGGUGAUCCCACCUGCGCUGCCUUCGGUUCUCCUCUUGUCAGACACUUGCUUGCCCUCUCCCUGAAGGUCUCCCCUCCUUCCGGCUGCUGCUUCACUCCUCCCCCUUCUCCAAGUGGGGUCUUUUUUCUUUAGUAAAAAAACCUACAUGUAAAUUCCUUCAUGCCUGGAAACCCAAGGGACGUUUUGAACCUUUCAACAGUUUCUGCACCUUUGUCAGCUUGAGCAGCUGAGAUGAGCCACUUUAUAAGCCUGGGGGAGUUGAGAUGAAAAUUUUGCAGGAUUUGAAAGUGGAAAAAAUACGUCUAAUUUAGCUCUUCUUGGAAAGAGGUUUUCAGGGCCUGCUUCCAUCUCCCUUAGGGUUGCUGGUCCCAGCUCCGGGCUCCCUCUGCCUCCUAAUCCUGAGCUGCUGAAAGAGAAGGUGAAGAACACGAAGGAGUGUGUGUGUGUGUGUGUAUGUGUGUGGUGUGUGUGUGUGUGGUGUGUGUGAGAGGCCUCAGUGCUGGAAGCCACAUUCGAGAGCUCCUCUGCUCUCUCGGUCUCAUCAGCGGUUGGCUGGUGAGUGAGGGGGAAACCACAGCCCAGACAGCCUCCUCUCGAGCCCCAGGGAGACUGGUUCUGUUCAGGGCCAGGGGAGGCCAGGGUCAUUAACACCGCAGCCCUGUAACAUGAGCUUCAUAAUAGGAUUUCCCAACAGGCUAUUUCAUUUAGAAACCUCUCGGGCCUCCUCUGCUCCUCGUGGUGGCCCUGCCCAGCGACCCCCAGAGAGGAAUCAGAUGUAACUGGCUGUCUGUAAUCGACUGUGACACCGGCAUGAGCAACAGGACAGGGAGCUGGAAGGAUGCCCCUCUGUAGCAUGGACUCCAGGAUGCCGGGUUCUGGAGAUGGCAGAGGAUGGCAAGCGGGAGUUUCAGUUCCAAACUCCCUUGUACUCUGUAUCGUCAGCCUUUCUGCCUUUGAGACACAGGGCUAGAAGCAUCCAAAUUCCACUGGUGUUGAGCAGAUAAUCGUGAAUCUUCCAGGCCAUUGUUAGAGCUACUGAUCACGAUUUGGCAGCGUCCCAUGCAUGAGAGCUGCCCUAGGUGGAUUUUGUUUGAACUUGGUCAUCCACGACUUAAUAUUUAUGUAUUAUCAAAGAUGAUGACAGAGACAUCAUAUGGUUAUUACUGAGGUGGGGUGGGUAGUGGGAACAUCACCACAUCAGGAGUCUAAUAGGGGCCCUAAUGCCACCAUUUUCGUCACCAACAUCUGCCCGUGAAGACCUCUGGGGUCUGAGACUGCUGGAGUGAGUGGUGUGGGGAUGCUGAGAGACUGCCUCAUUUUUCCACAGAGAGGGGUCUGCCAGGGAGCAUUUUUGGGCACCAGUCUGGAGAGCCAUGGCUAGUUAAUGUUAGCAUUGGGAUUAGAACUCAAGUCUAGGGAGGCCACUGUCUGUCUCCACUUCUGAGACUAGAUUUUGCUAAAAAUAGCCAUCCUUUAAAGCACACCAUGUAUUUUGAUGAAUAUCGAACUUCUCUCAACUGUCUCUCACAAAUGACUCUCUGUCCUGUGUUUUUAUACCUUAUUUCUUCUGGGAAUUCUGGUGGUUCUGUGGUUACACAUUUCUGCACUGUCCCUCUGCACAGGACUCCAUGUCCACUAUCACCAUCUCCUUUUUAAUCCCACUAGGGGCAGCUCCAUCUCUUCAGAGAGCUCUGACAUGUUAAGCUGCUUAUGAACCAUCCAGAUAGUACACAGCCCCUCAGAGGGCGAUCGCAGGCUCACCAGGGAAGAAAAGGCUCUGAGGUUUUGUGCUUACAGGAAAGGGCAGAGGGAAGGAAGGGAGCUGCGGACUGAGGGAUUGUGUGUCUCUUAUUUGUAUCAAGGGCCCGGCAUGGGCCUGUGAGGGCUGUAUCCUAGCUCCGUCAGGGCUGUUGUCAGACUUAUCCUUUGCUUUCGGUCCCCAUCUCUCGCUGUGGUUGGACAGUGCCUUUCUGCAGAAUUUGAGCACACACAUCUGCACAAUUUUUUCUUUUUUUUUUGCAUGGACGGAGACUCACCACUUUUCAGUUUGAAACAUGGAGAUGAAAAAUUAUACUGAUUCAAGCUUGCCUGCAGUGUGGUCUUUUGGUUUUGGGCCCUCAGGAGCUCUGGGAGUCUGAGUUCUGUUUCCACUGCUUUUGGCCAUUGAUGAGUUGCGUUGACAGGGCCUUAAGACCUGGGUCUCAGGUCUCCCUCCAUGCAGUAGGGUGAAGAAGACUGGAAAGAGCCGCUUCAGGGCUGUUGCAAAUGGAGAAGGAAUGCACCUCAAACACUGACAAACCACCUACGAACAAGCCUUAUUUUGCCAACAGGGCUUUGACAGGCAUGUUGAGAGAGGUGCAACCUUGCCUUUCCCUAGGAGAAGGGUCUCUGGCUGUGAAUGUUCAGUCUAAACAAAGAGCUUGAGUGCUCUGGCAAGGCUGUUGAGCCCCCAUUUUUGUUUCAAGGGCCAGUUAAUAAUACUGAGCAGGCAAAGUCUGGGGAGAUGUGGUUUAGUCCAGAAGAGUAUGGCUAGGUCUGAUUUGGGUCCCAGAAGCCAUCCAUGAGGCAGAGAGUAUCUCAUCUUCCUAUGUACCCACCUAGCUUGCUGCAGGAUGAGUCUGUGAAGCUGCAGGUAUGUUGGACUCAUCCUCUUGUGUUUGCAUGGCCAGGGAGGCCAGGAAGAAAUGAGCUUAGCUACAAUAGGGCCCUGGAGAGGUUGGUGAGAAGGAGGCAUUGUUGAGAGCCUCAGGAAGCCUCCCGGAAUCACUGGGCGUACAUUUGGGCCAGCAAGGCCUAACCCAGCCCUAAUGAGUCUUUUCAUUGAGGGUAGGACCUAGUUAAUUAGAAAGGCUGCAGAAGGAAACAGGCAUUUUGGUUUCUGGCUUUUCCCUGGCCUCUAUCUGGAGUAGCUUACUCACCUUCAGGGUCCCUGCAUCAGCACACAUUCCUGGUCAGAGCUGGAGGCACUGGGUCUUAGGGUAUGGUCCUUGGGGCCCACUCUGAUCAUCUCCUUGCAGGUCUCAGCAGUUCUGACCUUCUUCCUCAUUCAAAUUGGAUUCCACUCUUUAGGUCAUGCGGGUUGGAUAGUCCCAUGUCUUUUCUUUCUUCAGCUACUUAUUGGGCACCAACUGGUACUGGGCCCUAUAUGCUUGUACAUGAGAUUCAGCAGUUUUUCUUCCAGGAAUGUGCUGCAUUCUUAGCUCUUAGAAAGUGUUUGCAACGUCCAGAGGAUGCUGGGGCUGCAAGUGGUGCCGUUGCCCUGGAGAACCUGAUGAAGCAUGGCUACAUCUGGCUAGAUAAAGCCUCGAAGGACAGAGAGUCAAGCACACCCCAUGACACUUAACUUUGGUCUUCCACAGUAGUCCUCAGCCUAAUUUUAGACACUUCUAGGGAUGGAGCACCCGCACUUCCCAAGGAAGCCUGGUUAAUUUCUGAACCUUUCUUCCUUGGAGUGGAACUUUUAUACAAAUCUCCACUCAUGCAAUUUACCUUUUUUUGUCAUUACUAAAAACAUUUUGAAUAGGUAAUAUAUGUGAAAGGUCAGUUUCCCUCCACUGUGGUUGUCACCAGGCUCUCUCAUUGUCAGUUUCUAAUAUCUCUUGCAGAGAGUCGAUGGAUUUUGCAACUUUUCCCCCUUGUGUAGGGGCACACUACAGCGGACUUUGCACCUAGUUUCCCCACAUCUCUUCUCAGUUAACACUGAAGUUUAACAGUAGUUUGGUUGUAUUACAUAUAGAUCUGCCUCAUUCUUUCCAAUGAGUGUUAUUAUUUCAUUACAUGAAUAUAUUUUACUUAAUUGGUCAUUUAUAUACAUUUAGAUUGUUUUAUCUCUUUUGCUAUUUCUGAACAAUGUUGCAACAGAGAUCCUUGUGCAUUAAUCUUUGCACCUACAUAUAUCUGUGAGAAAAAUUAAUUAAUUUAUUCAAUGAAUAUUUAUUGAGGAUUUUCUAUGUGCCAAGCACUUUCCUAAGCACUAAGAAUGCAGUAAAUUCUCAGAAGUAAAACUGCUGAAUAAGAGUAUAUAAAUUUUUAAUUUUGAUAGAUAUUCCCAAACUGUCCUACCCCGAAAGAUAUUUUCUACCAAUUUUUGUUCACACCAGCAGUGUUUGAGAAUUCCUGUUCCCUAUACCUUUGCCGAGAUAAUAAAAUAUCAAUCAUUUUUAUCUUUGCCGAUCUAAGAGGUGAAAAAUGGCAUCCCAUUGUUGUUUCCAUUUGCAUUUGACUUUGCAAAGUUCCAUAAAAUGCCCUGUUCAAGAACUGAGACUCAAGCAUUCCAACAGAAUACAUUAAGUUGGGUGUGUUGGUGUGCUGCAGGCAGUUUGGGGCAUGGUCUGCCCUUUACUCUCUUCUGUCCCAUUCCCUCCAACCCUGCGUCAUCCUCUGUAUGUACUCUUUGUCCAUCUCUAGUAUCAGGACAUUUUGACACAUGCCUCCACCGAUUUUGGCACUUCCCAAGCUGUGGUAGGUGAAAUGUCUGCAGAUGGGACAGGACAAGUGCAGGUGCCUGAGGCUGGAAGACCACCCCAUUCUCAUAGUCCAGUCUCAGGAAGGCCGACUCUUCCUGGUUUGCUAAGAAACACACCUUGCUUUUCCCAUCUGUCUUCUCCUGCCCCUGGGCCUGUUUCGGGGCUUCUUGCCCUGCCCCAUGCAUCUCUCAGCUCUCACCUUUUGGCCCUUCACCCCGCAUCCUUUCCUUUAACUUUCCCAGCUUACCUCUGGGGCCUCUAGCCUCAGCUCACCAUGUUGACACUUCCAUGGCCACGCCUUCCUAGAUCACCAGCCCUCUGCCCUCCCCUCCUCCCACCUCCUCUUCAUUUCUUCAGCCUUCACCAGACCUGCCAUCCCUUCCCCAGCAGCCCCAAAUCAGUCUCAUCCCCUUCCCUGACCAGGUGUCUACCCUCUACUGGCGCAUACACCUUCCCACUCUGCUACUCUGCUGAAGCCCAGGCCUUGUCUCUGCCAGGGGUGUUGGCUCAGCUCUGGGCUGUUGCUUGCUGCAGCUAUGUGUAUGUCUGUUUGGUUUUUGUCCCCCUGCUCUGUGGCAGCUCUUUCUGUCUGGGGCCAUGCACUCCCUACCUCUCUUACUUACCUCAGUUUCCCUUUCCCCUCCCUUCCCCUCCUCUCCCUUCUUAGACCUUCUCUUGCU